CGGGAGUUUCCGGCGCUCGCUCGGGUGUUUCCGGCAUCCAGGUCGGAUCUGGCAGAAGUUCGGUGAAGCCAUGGCGUCCCCGUCCCGUCGGCUGCAGACAAAGCCCGUUAUAACUUGUCUGAAGAGCGUCCUGCUGAUCUACACCUUCAUCUUCUGGAUCACAGGUGUCAUACUACUGACAGUAGGAGUUUGGGGAAAAGUUGGCUUGGAUGUGUACUUUUCACUACUCAACGAAAAUGCCACCAACGUGCCCUACGUCCUCAUUGGCACUGGAGCCGUUAUUAUCCUGCUGGGCACUUUUGGCUGUUUUGCCACCUGCCGGGCGAGCACUUGGAUGUUGAAAUUGUACGCCAUGUUCCUGUCCAUCAUCUUCCUGAUUGAACUGGUUGCUGCCAUAGUGGGCUUGGUUUUCAGACAUGAGAUUAAGGACAGCUUUGAGCAAGGUUACAUGCAAGCCCUCAAACAGUAUAAUUCUACUGGAGAUCCCAGGAGCCAGGCGGUGGACACCAUUCAGAGGACGCUGAAAUGCUGUGGGGUGAAAUCCUACACCGACUGGGGGCAGAGCCCGUACUACAAGACCAGUGGGAUUCCCCAAAGCUGUUGUGCACUGCCAGGAAACUGUACACAGGAGGCCAUGAAGGACAUGGUGAAGGCCAAGAAUGUUGUCUUCCCAGAUGGCUGCAUCUCUAAAGUGACAUCAGUGAUGGAGUCUCGGAUGGGCAUCGUAGCAGGAAUUUCGUUUGGUAUAGCUUGUUUCCAGCUGGUAGGAAUGUUCCUGGCUUGCUGUCUGUCACGAUAUAUUACAAACAACCAGUAUGAGAUGGUGUAAACGCGUUGAUCGUCUGGAUGUUCAGGAGAAAGGGAAUGAUCUAUACUUUGUUUGACCCCGAUUGCCCCUGACAGAAGAGUUUCUUUCUUUCGGACCUGACGAUUUUUGUAUCUCUUAGGUCAGCCUAUAAUAUAACAUUUUACAUCAAAACUAUUUUAAAAUAUCAUUACCUAAGGUGGCCACACACAUUAAAUAGAAGUAGGUUAAUGGUUGUCUGGCGACUGACCGUUCCUCAGACACAGCCUCGUUUUAGGCCAUAUCGUCUAUCGCAGUUGUUCACAAUGGUCAGACCUGUCCAAUGGCGCUGGACGAAGGAGAACUAUAUAUUUUUUUUUUUACUGGCAAUUUUUCAUUGUUUCAUCAUACUUAUGUAGCAGCCGACUGCACCAUACACCGUCAAGGAUGAGCGGCAAUUAGAAGAAAGUAUUUAACACAAGUAUGAUAGCCGCCGAUCGGCUAAGAUUGUCACCUGGAGAAUGACUGUUUUGGUUGAAGUUGUCCGUUGAGUUUUAGACUCGCGUGUAUGACCGGCUUUACCUGUACAGAGGCCUGACGCAAUGGACGAGCAGCCUGCAGCUUUGGCUGUGUUUGAGUGUUUUUUUCUUUUUUCCAGACACUUUUUAAUCCAGAUAAGUCUGUCAUUAUUACAUUUGGGAAACUUUUUCUGAGGACCCUUUUUUGCCGUCUGGAAAUCAGUGCCACAUGUUCAAAAACACUACAAGCAGCAGAGGAGGAAGAUUCUCCAUGUUAUUAUUCUCAUGAAAAAAGUUUCUCGAUCUCGGCACAUUAGACAUUUGCGAGUAUAAUUAAUCUAGUAUCAUUAGCCUUGUUAACUGCUUGUCAAGGAGCGAUACACAUUUCCAUCAACGGGAAUCGGCCAGAUCGCCGGCCCACAAUCCUGCUCCUAUAAUGUGGCCAGGUUUAGACGCUUUUAUUAUGUAGCCACCAGCAACCCGUCGUACAAAAAGAUAGACGUCACUAUGUAUUCUCUAACGAGGGGCAGAGUAUUGUUUGGAAGGAGAUAAGACUACAGUCGCUGACACUAAUCACACUUCCUAGUCUCGGAAAUAAUUUAUUUCUGGAAUAUAAUUCAUCAUCUCGAGGCUCUGAGGAAAAUAGGAAGCUUAUUUGAUCUAGGCCUGAAUUGGUGGGAUUGGGCGGUUAGCCUUUAUUCUUCAUUCCUGUAGCCUAUACCUGCCUCAAGACAAUUUUUUUUAUUUUGAGUAAAUUAGUGUCAAAGCCUUCUGAGGAAACCAUUGGCUGGAUGACGGGGAAAUCGUUUACUGCCGUGGGGUUGUCAUAGCUAAACAAAAACUCAGGCGGCGGCAGCAGUAAAAAUGUCUAUCCUCUAGCGCUUCCAGCAUCGCGUUCUGGUCCUGCAGCGCUAACGUCCCAUACACCAGAGGUCACCACUGCAGCCAAUCAUUGGCCUCCACAGUAUGCCGGAGGUGAAUCCUGAGGCCAGUGAUUGGCUGCAGCGGUGGCAUUGUGUUUACAGGCUGUCGCCACUGCCGCCAGGACUGGAGCACGAUGCUGGAACUUGCAGAGAAAGGAGACGGCAUGUCUUUCUUUAUGUUCUAU